CCAACCUACAGAUAAAUGGGAUAUGUUACUCAUAUUCAUGUUUUCAUCAAAAUUAGAUAGCCAAACCCUAGCUAAGUGGGAAGAAUAUCGGAAUACAUUGGAAGAUAUUCCCAAUUUAAAUAAUUUUAAACAAUUUUUAAUAAAUCGUGCAGAUGUACUAGAGGCUAUAAAUAGAACCAAUUACGACAUUAACUCCUCAAACAAAAGAGCACCUUCAUUUGCACGUAGCCCUCAGUCACAAAAGACAAAUAGUGCUAAUAAUAAAAAUACUAAAAAUAUUUCCUAUACAAAAUCUUUUGCUAGUACUAAUUCAGAGCGGACAAACGUAUUUGUAUGCAUUAUUUGCGGUGACAACCAUCGAAUUUAUGAUUGUGCAAUUUUUAAGGCGAAGAGUGUCCAAGAUAAAUUAAGUGACGUUAAGAAAUUUAAAUUAUGCUCUAAUUGUCUUCGUCAAGGUCAUCCGCUUAAUGAAUGUCGAAUGGGACCGUGUCGUGAAUGCAAAAAACGCCACAAUACGUUGCUUCACGAUCCUGACUCUAAUAAAACUUCAUCUACUACUGAAUCUAACAUCGCGGUAAACCAUUCUUCACAAAAUCAGCAACAAGUACUUUUGUCUACCGCACUUAUAGAAGUUUGCAACCCAGUGACAAGGGCAACAUCGAAGGUUCGAGCUCUCCUGGAUUCAGGAAGCCAGUCUUCUUUUAUUUCUUCUUCUCUUAAGGACGAGUUGGCAUUAAACUCAACUCGUAUAGAUAAUUUGCGAAUUAUAGGUAUAGGCAAUAGCAACUGCAAUAAUGUCACUGAGUCAUGCACUAUUAAAAUUAAUUCUAUAAACACGCCUUUUAGCGUUCAGUUGUCUUGUUUAGUAUUAAACGAGUUAACUAGUGGACUACCUAAAACUCCCAUUGAUAUCAAAACACUAAAAUUGCCAUCUUCUAUAGUCUUAGCCGAUCCUACAUUUUAUCAGCCUUCUAAAGUUGAUGUAUUGAUAGGGGCUGAUCUAUUUUGGCAUGUACUUGGGGGAGAACAAAGAAAUUUAGGUCCUAAUCUUCCAAAACUGCAUAGUUCUAAAUUUGGCUGGUUGAUUUCCGGUCCUAUAUAUACAAAAGUAAACUACAACUCCGUUCAAUGUAAUCACGCAUCUGUUCUACAAAAUGCAGACGAUGAAAUACAUAGAAUGCUUCCUAUUUUUUGGAAUCUGGAAGAGGUUCCCAAUAAAACUAAAUUGAGCGAUAAGGAUAAAUUUUGCGAAAAACAUUUUUUACUUAAUACCACAAGGCUAGAAAAUGGUAGAUUUUGUGUGAAGCUACCCUUAAUAGAUGAACCCGAUUGCUUAGGUGAUACUUACGCAUUGGCUAAAAAACGUUUUAUUAAUUUAGAAAAAAGAUUUAAACGAAAUCCAACUCUUAAAUUGGAGUAUUCUAAAUUUAUUAAUGAAUACAAAAUGUUAGGACAUCUCACAGAAAUAACAACUAAACCAGAAAUUUGUUAUUUUCUAUGUCACCACGCUGUACUCAAGGAAACCAGUGAGUCAACUAAAUUAAGAGUGGUUUUUGACGGUUCAGCGCCAUCCACAUCCGGUUAUUCUCUUAACGACAUUCUUUUAUCGGGACCCAACAUACAAGACUCUCUUUUCUCCAUCCUAGUUAGAGCUAGACAAUACAAAUACCUACUGACUGGCGACAUUGAGAAGAUGUAUCGUCAGGUGGAAGUCACUGAACCUGAUCGUGACUUACAAUUGAUACUAUGGAGAGAAAAGGAAUCUGAUCCCAUUAAAAUACUGAAACUAAAUACACUAACUUACGGCACAGCGAGUGCGAGUUAUUUAAGUACUAGGUGUGUCUAUCAAUUGGGUGAAGAAUGUGAAGAUGAAUUGAUCAAAAAUAUAAUUCAAUCAGACUUUUACGUCGACGAUUUGAUAACUGGUUGUAAUAAUGAAAUUCAAUUACAUUAUAUACAAAACAAAAUUGCUAAUGUACUGAGUUCUGGAUGUUUUAACCUAAGAAAAUACAAAAGUAAUCUGCCCAGUCUAGUUCAAGAUAUCAAUUCUAGUUCAAAUUCGCAGGAAAGUCUAAUGUUUAGCGAAUCUACUAGUACCCUAGGUUUAGGCUGGAACCCCGUUAAUGAUACCCUACAUUUUCCUACUAUUGAUGUUCCACAAAAUACAGUUGUUACUAAAAGAUUUAUUUUAUCUCAAUCAUUCAAAAUUUUCGAUCCACUCGGGAUCCUUAGCCCAUUUAUAAUUAUUCCAAAGAUAAUGCUACAAAAACUAUGGCUAAACAAAAUAGAUUGGGAUCAGCCCGUUCCAAAGGACAUAGAAAUGUCUUGGAACAGCUUUCAGAACAAUGUACCUAGUUUACGUAAUUUACAUAUACCAAGAUUAACUUUGAGUGAUGAUGCUCUAGGAAUUGAAAUGCAUUCAUUCAGCGAUGCCUCACAACAUGCUUACGGUGCAUGCGUAUACAUGCGAUCUAUAAGCACUAGCGGUACAGUCACCGUAAGAUUGUUGUGCGCAAAAUCUAGAGUAGCUCCAGUGAAACCCACGACGAUGCCGCGUCUCGAAUUGUGUGCUGCUUUGUUGUCUGCGCGACUGUGUAAAUCAGUAACAGAUGCACUCAAAUACUCACCCAUGGAUUCGUAA